AUGCCGCCCAUCCGGUCCACACUUGCGCGCAACUAUGACUCUUUUUCAUCGCGUCCGCUAGAAGAGCGUCAAACUAUAAUGGAGAGCUGGAGAGCGUUAGAGCGCAGCAUUGAAGACGGGUCUUACCAUCGCGCGACAUUGGAGGUGUUGAAGGAUGACCGAAGGAAGUAUGGUCGGAGCAAAAUCAAUACAAAAGAACUACAACUUCCGGUGCUCCCAUCACUGGAGAAGAGGAUACCUCAACCACCACCUCCACCUGCGCCGAAGGCAUACGAAUACCAUGUCAAGAUCGUACCUAUACCAUCUAGCGACUUAUCGCUCGAACUGAUACAGCGCAGCUCGACACACCUCGACAUAUUCAUACUCGACAAAGACGGCACGCGCGUGCAGAUCCCUCCACACCUUGAACUCGUGGAUGCUGUAGACAUGCGUCCCGUCGAAUCCUGUGCCAUCCAACCGGAUAUGCCAUACUCUAUGUGGAGCAUAGUGAAGAGCGAGCGAUACGCCCUGGUGGGCCUGGACGCUGGAGCAGUCAUAUGCCACCUGAAGUUUCGCUGGGAAGUCCGCGUCUUCACUCCUAUGCAUGUCGCGUCGGCCUAG